AUGAUGAACGAGCCGGCGUCACAGGGCAAUGAACACUUUUCGAUCCAACACGAACGAUUUCGCAACACUCUCAAUGCCUCCGACUUGGACGAAUUUUCGAAUUUACCGGACGACAAUCGAAGAAUACAUUUCGUGUACAAACGGUUGUACGCGAAUCUAGGGGAUCCCGGUGCCGGUGACGACGAAGGGAAUUCUAAAAACGGGGAUAAGGCUCUGGAAAUGAAAAAAACUGGCACUGUUUACUUCCAAAAGUCGGAUUAUCGAAACGCUGUGAAUUGGUACUCACUGGCCCUGCUGAAUUGUCCUCAAACCGAAGGUAUACAUCACAUUAUACAGGGUGGGAAAAAUCAUGGCCUCCGUUCUUUGUACAUGGUACCUAUAUCGAAUGAAACUGCCUACCUAACUUUUUGUUUUUAAUUUUAAACAUAUUAUGACUAUGGAAUUUUGCAUAAAAUUCUCGUACGUACGUGUAAAUUAAUGUGCCUAAACAUCAUUUUCACUGUGUAAAAAUAUUAUUGGUGUUAAAAGUGAUACAUUAUUUAUAUUAUAUUUUCUUUUGGCGUAACUACUCUUUAAGACUUCUGACCGUCAAUAGGAUAUCGUGCCACUCAUUUCUAUUUUACACCAGAUCCUUUAGAUUUACUACAUCCAGCGCACUCAGAUACAUUUCGAAUUCAUUCAACUACCUUUUUCUCGGCCUGCCAUGCGGUUAUUUCCUUUGGAAAAUCUAAUCAAAUGCUGCUCUAAGUUGGUAAUUUUCUUUUCACAUAAUCCGUUAAUUAUUUCAUUUUCCUAGUAAAUACCUCUUACCAACUUCUUGUAUCUGCAUCGAGUAGGUACCCAUCCACAAAUCUUUUUCCAAGUUUUGCGUUCGAAAGUCAUAAACUUUAUUUACGAUACCUAUUAAAUUAGUCAUUUUUACAUUGAUAUCCACGCAGAUUGGCUGAUCCAGCUGUCGAUCAUUUACGCCAAUCGAUCGGCGUGUCUAUAUCGUCUGGAAGAUUACGACCGGUCCAUUUCGGACAUACAACGGGCCCUCGACAAUGGGUAUCCUAAGAACCUACGAUACAAAGUUUACGAUAGGUUAUUAUUCCGCAGCUUCCUCCGUUUGGACGAAUCUCUAACGGGGUUUGUAUGUAAUACGUUUUUCUUUUGUAUAGGCGAGCUCGCUGUUUUCUGGCCACCAAGCAGUUGAAAUCUGCACUGGAAUCAUUCAAGGCCACAAUAGAGGCUCUGGACGAUUCAGGUUUAUCGUUGGACGAACGGCGCAAACGACAGCUGGACAUGCAGGUCAUGCUGACGAUGAUGGCCAAAGACAAGAAUCUGAAAAACGGUAGGUUUGAGCGAUAAUAAGGCGUGUUACGAGUAGGGCCCGGACUUCAACGCAAAGUACAUUUUUUUUUUUAAUGAUCCAGGACUAUGAGUUCUGACAUCCGAGUAGGUUAUAUUCACUUUCGUUUUUUACGUUUUUCUAUUUUUGAUAGUUUUUCGGGCGUUAUAUAAUAAUAUUGGCUAGGUGUGUAAUUAUUAACGUGUGUUUGCAGAGCCAAAGGCCGGCGACGAACCAACGGCCGGGCUGUACGGGCGACCGAACGACGCGUAUCCGGCGGCCAGCGACGCGGUGUCCAUCGAGUACGCGGAAGCGGAAGGUCGGCACGCGGUGGCCAGCCGGGACGUUCCGGUCGGCAGCGUGCUGCUGGUCGAACGCGCGUACGCUUCGGUACUGCUCCGGGAGUACUGUCACACGCAUUGCACCGACUGUUUUGCCAAGUGGGUAUACUCGCCGGACUAUACCGGCCGCGUAAUUUUCGACGGUCUCAAUACACAGACGAUUUACGUACCUAUACACCUACGGUGCCGUAGCGUUGCGCUGGUCUGUCAACAUGGGUUGUUGGGGUCUAAAACGUUCUUUACCACACAUUUCGGUAAAAAAAAAAAAAAAAAGCAAUGGGGGGGGGGGGGGGGGGUUACUAAGACCAAAACACCCUCUGGCCGCGCCACUACCUACCUAUAUGAUAUUGUCCAUAUAUUUUACAGGCUCGUGGCACCUGUUCCGUGCCCCGGUUGCAACAGGGUGGCGUUUUGCGGCGACCGCUGCAAACGGGUAGCCCUAAAGUCUUAUCACGCGAUCGAGUGUCCGCUGUUGCCGACGCUGUUCGCGACCGGCGUUUCGAUAACGUGCCUGAUCGCCCUGCGCAUAAUCACGCAGCAGCCGUUGAGAUAUUUCGUCGACCUUCAGCCAAAGUUGAAUCACGUAGGUAUAGGCCGUACCCACGGUAAUGCUUAAACGGGUAUAGGCACACGCCGACUAUACGCGAUUACGAGAAUGAUGAAUGACUGAUCGUUAGAACUGUGAACCGGACGCACUCGUUGACCGUCGUUGUACAACAUUUGUAAAAAAUUAAUCGAAUACGUACACAUUUCGAUCACGUAGUUACAGUGUUUGUGUAACGACUCUCCUCGGACGAUUCGUUUUGUGCAGUUAGCCCCCCCCAGUUUCGCCACCGGAGGCAUAUUCUCCGUUUGCUCUCAAAUCAAUUGAAAAGCGAUUACCCACCUGAAAAUAAUACAAACCAAUCAGUCACUUUUCCGUUGAUUUGAUAAUAGGCCCACCAGUGGCGUGUGCAGGGGAUGGGAGGUUAGGAGUUAUAUCUUCACCCCCCCUCCAUUGGUUUAAAAAUACGAAAAAUAUUAAUAGUCUAACAUCGAAAUGCAUAUGUUCGGCCAAAUUACGAGGAAAAGUUUGAUGUAUUGAUUAGAAAUUGGCUUUUUUAAGACUAGUUGGGUAUGAAAGACAAUUUUACGAUUUAUUCACGAUUAUUAUUUGCUACAUCCCCUCACAUUGAAAAUUCCAGGACACGUCACUGAGGACCACUUAUUAUGAAAUAUAUAAGUACCCGCAUACAUGCAUACAGAAAAAUUUAUAUACCUAGAUAUUUUUUUUUUUUUUUUGCAGAUGCAAACGCCGUGUGGAAAACGCGAACCGGAAAAAUAUGUCAACUUGUACAACCUGGUCACCCAUCGGAGGUUGAGGUCUGUCCAGGACAUAUUACACAGGACGCACGUGGCCGCUUUUUACUUGUAUUGCUUGAAAAAGACUAAUUAUUUCGCGGGUUGCGGCGGCGACAUAGAACUUCUAACCGACGAUCAAUUGUUCAUUGGAAGUCUGUUGUUACAUCACUUAUUGUUGAUCCAGUUCAACGCGUUCGAAGUAUCCGAACUUCGGCUGCGACGGGCCGCUGACAACGAAAACCAAGAGACCGUUUUUAUCGGUGGUUCCGUUUAUCCAACGCUAGCACUACUUAACCACUCCUGUGAUCCAUGCGUUGUAAGGUAUCUUACUAUUUAAAUACCUACCAGUUUGAACAAUGAAAUGAAACAUACAAAAUCUACAACUAAAUAUCUACAUUAAUAUACAGAGGUGAUCAAAAGUCGCGCAAAGCCUACCUAGUAUUGUAUGGAACGCGCGUUACAAAUUUGUUGCGCGACUUUUGGCCACCACUGUAUUAUAACUAUACCUAAUAAUGAAAAAAGAAAAUCAAGUUUCUUUUUUUAUUCUUGAAUUUGUUUUUCCUGCAGGCCGUUUACAAUUUUAUUGAGAUUUUUUUGCCCAGUUCAUAUUUUGACAUGCCUACUGACUAAUGGUAUACAAAAUUAUCAGAAAAACAGAGCCAAUCAAUCGAUUAAUUUUUAUUAAAAUAUUAAAAUUUAUUUCCAAUUUAAAUAUAGGUACCAUCGAGGAACAUCAGUCAUUGUACAAAAUAUCCGCGACUUGUGUGUCGGAGAAGCGAUAACAGAAAACUAUGGUCCGAUGUUUAUGUUUCAGCCAAAAAAAGAUCGACAAGAGACACUUAAAACUAGGUAGGUAUAUUCGAUAAUAAAAUCUUAAUAGAAAUAAUAAAAAAAGUCAAGUAAAAAUGUAUAUUCAUAAAAUAAUAUCAAUCCUUGUUACAAAAUUAAUACUAAGGUCAGUUUUUUUGGUCUUUACAAUAAUUAACAUUUAAUGUGAUUACACAUUCAUACCUUAAUAAAUAUUCACUUGUUUUUAAUUUUUAAUUUUUUGUAUCAUAUUUUUAUCGACACAAUAGAACUGUCAUUGACUUACUAGUAGGGUAUUUAUGGAAAACAUACCAAUACUAUACAAAAUGAAAAAUUGUUUUCUACAUUUAACUUUUUUAACAACCUGUUAAAUAAAAAAGAAUUAAAAUUGGAUUUCAUAGAUAUUGGUUUGAAUGCAAUUGUAUUGCCUGCUGUCAAGAUUGGCCAACUUGGGAACAAAUGAAGGUAAACACCUCGCUCAGGAUAAGAUGUAAAAAUUGUAAAAAUGCAAUUACGGUGACAACAGAAUCAAUGGAGUUUAUUGCCCACUGUCGGGUUUGUUUAAAAACAACAAACUUGAUGGCAACUUUGAAAGUUUUACAGGUAUUUAUUAAUGCCAUUAUGCAUUAUGUAUGAAUAAUUAAUACAAAAAACAAAUGUUUUUUUCAGGAUACAGAAAAAAAAUACAAGGCUGCUAAAGGGUUAAUGGAUAAACAUAAUUAUAAGAAGGCGUUAAAAGAAUUCAUGGCAUUGUUAUCGUUGUUACAUAAACAUUUAGUGCCUCCUUUUAGAGACUAUCAUUUGUGUCAACAAGCAAUAAGGGAGUGUAUUUUGUCAUUUGGAAAUAAAUCAUAAACACAAAUACAAUCAUAGAAAAUUUGCCAACAAAUUAUAGUCAUUUAUAGUUGAAUAAGACAAUAAUAAUUUGUAAAAUACUCGCAAUAAAAAAAUAUAAUUAUGUGCAACAAAAAAAAAAAAAAAAAAUAUACAAACUAUAUAAUCUAAUCUAUAAUAAUUCAUAAAAUACUAGUCUUGUACCAUUCUCCUAAGUAUAGUUUACUUAAAAAUUUACCUUAGGUUAAUUUUUGUCAAAGAACAUUUAAAAAAAAAAAAUGGUUAAAGCUAAAUCUUUGUUUUGUUUUUUUUAAAAAUAUAUAUAUAUAAUUCUGUUAAGUAUAAAAAAAAUAAUUAAAAAGCAUUUAUUAAGACAAUUUAUGUUUGUUAACAACACGACUUGGCCGGUUCAGCCUCAAUAUAAUUAUUAAAGUCAAUAUUUGCUGAAUGAUGCGAAUAGCCACUUUUAAUACCAUCCCAACCUUCUUCCAUCUGGUAUUCACCACUUUUUAUCCUUUGAUAAAUCUGAAAUAAUUAAUAUUAUUAUUGAUAUUUAAUAUUUAUUGCAACACUUACUUCUUGAGUGAUAGCAGAGAAUGCUAAUUCAACAUUUGAACCUGUUUUCGCAGAUGUUUCGACGGUAAAUAUAUUAUGUUCUGCUCCAAAUUGUUUGGCUUCUUCUUGACUCACUUCUCUUUUACUAGCACCAUUAUUUACCUAAACAAA